CUGCAAUAAAAACACUCCAUCAGAUAACCCGAGUGCUGUAAACGUUUCAGACCUUUACAAUCUCAGGCAGGUAUUAUUUUAAGAAAAUUUAGUAUGGACUUCAAAGAGGUGUUUGCAAAAAUCUUGGGCCAGAAUCGUGAAGUAGCAUUAUGCGCUGCAGGCACAGCAGUUGCUCUGCUUGGACUCGGUCUCGUAUAUAAAUAUACUUGUCCAGAGAAGAAGUUAACUCAAGUAGGAGUCGUUUCCCAGCUGCUGGUGCAUCCCAUGAAGUCCGGGAAAGCAGUGUCGGUGGAGACGGCAGAGUGUCUGCGAAUGGGGCUCAAAUAUGGCGAACUGCGGGAUCGGCACUGGCUGGUGAUCACGGAGGACGGACACAUGGUGUCGGGCAGACAGCAGCCUCGUCUGGUGCUGGUGUCUCUGACCUGUGAAGGGGGCCAGCUGUGUCUCACGGGACCCCAGAUGGAGGAGCUGAGGGUUCCUCUUCACCAGCCCAAUAAUGCAGUUGUGGACUGCAGAGUCUUUAGUGUAGACGUUCAGGGCAGGGACUGUGGGGACGAUGUGUCUAACUGGCUUACACGAUACCUGGAAUCAGACAGCACCGUUCGUCUGGUGCAGUUUGAACCUCAUCUGAAGGCCCAAAGGCCUUCUGAGAAAGAGCCCCUCUUUCCUAAGGAUGAAAAGGUGGCCUAUCCUGAUGCUGCUCCCAUCAUGCUAAUGUCAGAGGCCUCAGUUAGGGACCUGAAUACCCGAUUGGAUAAGGAUGUUACUGUCCUUCGGUUUCGUCCCAGUAUUGUUGUCAGUGACUGUGAGGCCUUCACCGAGGACACAUGGGAUCAUAUUCAGAUUGGCCAAGUGGAGUUGAAGAGAGUCGUUGGCUGUGGAAGAUGCCUGUUUACCACGGUUGACCCGGAGACUGGAAUCAUCACCCGGAAAGAACCACUGGACACUCUCAAAACCUAUCGACUGACUGACCCUAUGCAGAAAACCGCACCAAUAUUGGGACAGUACUACACGGUGAAGAAAACAGGUGUGCUUCAUGUGGGUGAACCUGUUUGUAAGAUCACCUAUUGAAAUGACCAGACAGGACGGAAACCAGAACCUUAUUUCAAAAUCUAGCGACUAAUUUGCAAGUGGACAUGCCACCUGCCACUGCUUAUAUACACAGUUUAUAAAGUUAGUCUGAAUCUGUGUUCUUUUCAUACAUUUUCAUUGAAUAAGAAAAAUAAAAUGAUAUAAAAAUGG